AUGCAAACGGAUCCAGGGUAUUGUGUUAUAAGGGAUGUGAUUCAUCGCGAUCGAGAUGAUCUGUAUCAUCGCCGCAACGGUCUCACACUCCCGUUAAACGUUGCACAGCUCGCUGCCAUGUUGGCAGCCAUCGCAUUGUUGAGCGGGUUUUGGUAUGCAAUUUUGCCAUGUUUGCCACAACCGUACGCUAAAUGUGCGGUUGCCGUCGUAUGUACAUUGUUCGCUCUUGUAUCUGUCUUCUUCGUAUUGGUUGUGCUAUCUGAUCCAAUCGAUCCGAUGGCACUUGACGUUAUUGAGAAGCGUAGGAACGGUCACCUGGACUCCGGACAGCCUUUCAGCUCCGAAGCGAUAUGUGACACGUGCAGGGCUGUUCAUCCAAGCAGCAAGCAUUGCAACAUUUGCAACAAAUGCGUACUACGUUUCGACCAUCACUGCAUAUGGGUCAACAACUGCAUAGGGUCGCGUAAUUAUAACGCCUUUUUUACACUUAUUGGAGCGUGUGCAAUAUUUGUCGCCGUCGUCACAUCACUCGGAUUUACAGUACUGCUUAUGGACCUUGUCUCACCCAUUCCUAGAAGACAGUGGGAAGUUUCUUAUGGCGCAUUAAACGUCAGUGCAUUUUAUUCUUCCGUUAUAAUUGUGUCUUCAUUUGCUGCUAUUACAGAUGUAUUCCUGUGGCAACUUUUCUUCCUGCACUGUUAUCUCAUACACAAAAAUAUUACCACAUAUGAAUAUUUCACAAUGCAGUUCUCGAAUGUAAGUUCCUAA